AUGUCAAAUAGAUCAUAUUGUUUACGUGCUUCUUUUAAAUCCGAUAGUCGUUUACAAGAAAAUGUUAACAGUCCUACUCAAAGAUCUCCUCUAUCAGACAUCUCUAAUGUUACGUCUCCUGGUGAUAGGCGUAAAUUACGAAAACAAAUAAUGCUUAGUAAGAAGUCCAACAACACAACAUCAUUCAGGAAUGUUGGUGUUAAUUUACAUUGCCAACAAAAUUCUUCACAACUUUCAGAAGUUAUAAACAUAUCAAACAAUUCAAACCUGUCUUCCAGCUUUAUAAAUGCUUCCAGUUCCUUACAUCAUUUGUCGUCAGUUUCUGAUGUUGCUAACAGUAGCCAUUCACUGUUACCUACAAGUGGUCGUUACUCCAUACAGUCAAGCAUCAUUAGAACUACUAAUCACUCCAUGUUAAGUGGUACAUCUUCCUUAACAAGGUUGUCAUCUGGUAAAAGCAAUCUAAAACAUAAGCCACAUGAUAAAACUCCUAUACCUAUGGUCAGUUUGGAUUCAGAUGAUGACUCUUCGGUUGUACGUAUUAAUCAAGAUCCUUUUAAAGGAAUCUCUAAAGAUUAUUUGGAUCACGGUGACCAAGUUCUCAUAUGUGAGAUUUGUAGUGCUAAAUUGUGGACAUCUGAAGGUGGUAAAGGUCGUAUCACUUUGGAAAGGCUAACUUAUAGUUUGUGUUGUGUUAUGGUUGAUCACAAAAUCAACAAGGGUAACGCUCCAUUCAUUUAUCGAAUAAGUGGGCAAAAUUACCAUUGCAUAGGUAGUCUUAGACCAAGUAAUGGACAGCAUCCUAAGUUCUCCCAGCUAUACAUAUAUGAUACUGAGAAUGAAAUUACAAAUAGGCAGACAGUAUUUAGCGAUCCAACCCAGCCGUCAUCGUCUACUGAUAAAGACGUUGAUGUUCAAAUUAUUGAAUAUUUAAGGGAUUUAUUGGAUUCACAAAAUAUGUUGGUUCAGACAUAUAGGAAGGUUCGAGACCAUUUUCAUGGAUCCCCUGAAGCUAACCUUAAACUAAGAUUUAUUUACAAAAGAGAUAAAGAUGGUCGGGCCUGCAAUUUACCCUCCACUUCUAAAGUUGUUGCGUUGAUAGUCGGUGAUGUGAAUGAGUCUAUAGAUCAUCGCGAUAUAGUAGUUGAAACUCAAUCAGGAGUUUUACAGCGUAUUAGUGAGUUGCAUCCUUCCUAUCUUGCACUUCAAUAUCCUAUACUUUUACCAUAUGGUGAUGACGGCUAUAGGAUUGAUAAUCCCCACAAAGAUUUUAUGUCCACAAAAAGAAAAAAAAACAAAGUGUAUAAUGAGGGAAUUAUUUGCUUAUAG